AUGCCCGGUUACGAUCCAGUCCGUGAUGCUGGUGGCUCAGACCGCUCGUCUCCGCCUCCAAAUAAUCAAUCGCACCAUGCCUCCUUUCCGCCUCCGUCCCCAUCCUCGUCCGCUUACGCACAACGCGCUGCAGCAUAUAAUGACGAAUCAACCGCACCUCAACGCAGUCUAUCUGGUCACAGUCUCGACCAGUAUGGCGAGGUGCACGCCGUCUACGGUCGUCAAAGCAGCGUGCACGAAGGCAUGUCCGGCGCGGCCAUCAUUUCCCCCCGCUCGUCAACAACUGCCCUUCCUCCGCACCCACGGGAACAUCAUGCUCGGUACGGCGACUACGAAUCUGCCGCUCAUCGCUACGACCACAGUCCUCGGCACUCCAUGCAUUCGGAGUCGGCCGCUCAACCUACUCGACGAAGCGCGUCGAUCGCCGACCUCAUUGCUGUCAGCGAAAUGUCCGAGGCAGAACACGACAGGCACCGCGAAGCGCACAGGGACGUAUUUCACUUUCGCGAAGAUUCAGGCGCAGAUCGAAGCAUGAGCAGAUCCAGUAGUGCAUCCGGUGGCUUACACGGUGGCCAACAACACAGCUCAUCCCAUUCGCGUGUCUCGCUUCCAGGUCCGCAUCAACACCCAUUCGGGCGCGCGGAACGAAGCCCAAGCAUGGCGCAUCUGCUCAACGAGGGCACGGCAGGUGCCAUCCUGGACAGGCCCAGGUCCAGCUCGCACUCAUCCGUCUCUUCGCACGUUUCGCAUCAGCCUCCGCAGCACCUCCCUAGCCAGAUGUCACCCCUCGGUCAUCCAACAGCACAUGCCGGCCCGGGCCCUCACCCACAUACUCGCGAUCGCUCUUCUACCGGUCAUUUGGUCGGUGCUGGCAUAUCCAGCUCCUACAGUGGCAGUUCACCCACCAGCGCAUAUCCGCCAGGCAUGCACCCGCAAACCCCAACCACGUUGAAUCGCGGUGGCUCCAGUCCUGGUAUCGGCCCUUCUCUGGGAGCACAUCCCACAGACAGAGCUCGCUACGCUGCUCAUUCAGGUCCUGUCGGUAAUGGUCCCCUGCCUCGAUCUGGAUCCAAUUCGUUUGCAUACCCGAGCGCCUCGUCGAGUCCCGCAAUCCACCCUCACGCACACCUGCAGCCGUCACCGUCACAUCGUUUCGCGGUGCCAGAGGUGCCCUUCGCUCGAUCGCCUGAAAACAGGCGCGUCCCCUUGCCGCAUUCUCCGAUCUCCGCGCACAGCAUUCACGCACGUGCCUCGUUGGGGAGCGGGCCCCCACAGUCAUGGAAUCACGACGAAUACGAGGCGUCGCCGUCGUCAGCAGCAGGUAUGCCGCCACCGCCAACAAGUGCCUCUCCUCGCAGAGGCAGUGUUGGCAACUCGAUCUACCAUGCACAACGUUAUGCCCCAACCCUAUCAUCUGGCAACGGCAUGCCACCGACUCCUGGCAGUGUCACGUCGCAGGGAGGCUAUCCUGUCACACCAGGUGCACGAUCUCUGCCACCAACCACGCCGAGCUCAGCCCACCCGCGUCACCCUGGCUAUGAGUACGAGGAGACCAAUUACUUUCCACGAAUGGAAGACCACAAAAUGGCAGGCUACCAUCAGGAUGGAGAAAGGUCGAGCAGCUCAACCAGUCCCCAUCUUGGCCAAAUGGAGCGUCCCAGCCAAGGAGGCACAGAGUAUGGUCACGAUGGUGAGCAACACCACGCAUACGGAUAUGGCCGUACCUCUGUCAGCACACCGGGCUCAGCAUAUCAGCCGGGCGGACCGACUCCUUCGCAUGCGGAACAGCCGCCGGCUCUGCCACGGACUGCUAUAUCUCCUUCCUUUGGCCCGCAACGCAGCCACCGGGAUCCUAUCGAAGAACAGGACUCGCUUAGCUCGAACGGUCGUGGUUACUGUGGUCAAGAUCGCCAUAGUGCGGAAGCAGAGCGUGCACUGCGCUCGGAAGAACAUGAUGCACCGUCAACCAAGUCGCAAGAGGGUCAUGCUCCAUCCCAUCUUCGCUCCGCGCCAAGAGAAGAUCCAGCUUCUUCUGCGGCGAAUCCUUAUGGAGCAACGUCACUACCGGAACCCCAUGAAAGGUCUCGCGAUGCUUCUGCUGCUUCGCAUCACUCAAAUCCGGACGCUGCAUCUGCAGGUGCUCCUUCAGCAGUCAAGACCGAGUUGUCGCCUCAGCCUGAAGAAGACUCCAAACCCCUCGAGUCAGGACCUGUUGAUGCCAUCGCGCCUCUACCCCGCUAUGCACCAACACGUCGAGUAUCACAGCCCCGACAAGUUAUUCGCCCAAUCGGAAUCGAGGAGAUCGAUCGCAAGCGUGCGCGAUGCCGUAAUCCCCUGCGCCGUGAAUGGGAGCAGCUUCAUCAGUCGGACAGUAGAGAAGCACUUGACGAGAUCUUGCGCGACUUUCACACUAAACUGGCUAGCCACCAAUCUAGCGCCAAAGGGAGUUCCAACGGCAUCAAGGGUGCGGCAGCAGCAGACGCCAAGAAGCGUAGCGCGGGAGACACGCUCGAGGACGCGGAAGAGGUGGCGGACCACUACAACAAGCGACGAGAGGUGGGCAUCCACGGGCGUGAAGAGUCGCCCAUCAUUGGGCUGCGCAAGUUCAACAACUGGAUCAAAUCGGUGCUUGUCGGAACAUUCGCACGUGGACGUGACCCCACUUUGGACGGCCGAACGCGAGCGCGUGGUGGGCGCAUUUUGGAUCUCGGCUGCGGCAAAGGAGGCGACCUCAAGAAGUGGGAAAAGGUGCGUCCGAGCGGUCUGGUGGGCGCCGACAUUGCAGCUGUUUCGAUCGAACAGGCGAUCGCGCGUCACCGCGAUAACAACAACGGCUAUCCGGGCGACUUUUUCGCAUUCGACUGCUUCUCGAUGGCGUUGGCGGAGGUCAUCCCGCGGGAGCUGCUGGACCCCAUGUUUGACAAUGUGACGCUGCAGUUCUGCAUGCACUAUGCGUGGGAGAGCGUGGAGAAGGCACGGAUGAUGCUGGACAACGUCGCGCGCUAUCUGCGGAGGGGCGGCGUGUUUAUCGGCACGAUCCCGGACAGCUACGAGCUGCGCGGGAGGAUGGCCGAAAGCGGGAACACGGAAGACCGUUCGAUCGGCAAUCGAUACUACAAGGUGGUGUUUGACCAGGUGGAGCGGUGGCCUGCGUUUGGCAACCGAUACACGUUCUUUCUCGAGGACGCCGUGGAAAACGUGCCCGAGUACGUGGUCGACUUUGACGUGUUUGAAGAGCUGGCGCACGAGGUGGGACUGCGAUGCAUCUACCGCAAGAACUUCGCCGAGAUCUAUCACGAGGGCCAAAGGCAUAGCGAGUACGGCAAGCUGCUGCAGAGGAUGAAGGUGACGGACCAGCACGGCUCGUUGGUCCUCGAUGAAGAAAUGUGGCAGGCGGCGACGCUCUACCUCGGGUUCGCCUUUGAGAAGAUGUGA